UGCCAAACGUCAGUGAACAGAUUAGAAUUACGAUAGUGGGACCUGGAGAUUAUUCACAGUACGACUAUGAUACACGUGCCAUACUUCCUAAAUUAUGACAGCCGAAGUUAGAAGACAACGCAAAUUAAGUGAGGCGGAAGAGGAUUACCUGACCUGUGGUAGGUGUCUGUGUGAAUUUCCCCUCCAAAGGAUCACGACCUUUAUUGAACAUAAGAAGCAGGAAUGUGAUGGACCAGUGACUGAAGUGCUAAACAGUAACAAAGAGUUUGGUUUGCAGUGUGUGUCCUGUCCCAAGGCCUUCAUGACUGCUAUGGGUAUGUUGAAACAUGUCCAGAUCUCGCACAAUUUGCGACUUUUCCUGGAAAAGGGUGCCUUUGCUAAAGGGAUACAGAGUACCAGCUAUCCCAACAGCCUGCCACCUUUGUUAACUUCUACCUUGGUCCAACAAGUCCCACAAGAGAAGAGGACUAGUCCAAACAGAAUUACAGAGACAACCGUGUCAUCCUCCUGUGAUCAGGACAAGGAAUCCAGAUGUCACCCAGUAGACAACACACCUGGGCCUGACAAGACAAACAUGUUAUCCCUUUCUGGCGUUAAUACAACUAAUCAAAGAGUGACUAGUGCUUGGAAUAACUCACCAAAUAAUUCUGUUUUUCAUUCCCCAAAGACUCAAACGAAUCAGUCCUUAAAAACCUCUGGUAAUAAAAAUUCACAUUCUGAUUUGACACAGUCUCCCAACACUGCAAUGAACCAAUUACGAAAACAAGCCCAGCUACAGUCACAGUCCACUGGCAUGAACCAGUCACAGAAAUCAUCCCCUCCACAGAUGCAAUCUCCUGGCAUGAACCAGUCACUGAAAUCAUCCCCUCCACGGAUGAAAUCUCCUGGCAUAAACCAGUCACAGAAAUCAUCCCCUCCACAGAUGCAACCUCCUGGCAUGAACCAGUCACAGAAAUCAUUCCCUCCACAGAUGCAAUCUCCUGGCAUGAACCAGUCACAGAAAUCAUCCCCUCCACGGAUGCAAUCUCCUGGCAUGAACCAGUCACAGAAAUCAUCCCCUCCACAGAUGAAAUCUCCUGGCAUGAACCAGUCACAGAAAUCAUCCCCUCCACAGAUGCAACGAUCUUGCAUGAACCAGUCACAAACAUCAGCUGCUUCAGAGACAAAGUUACCUGGCAUGAACCAAUUAAAGAAAUUGACCCCUCCACAGAUGCAGCCAUCUUGCACAAAACAGGCACCAAAAUCAGCCCAACAGUCGCAUUCCUCCAUAUCGGUGAUUUCUCAGAAUACAGACAGCAGACAAAGUAUGACAAAGCAGCCAAUUUUGUUCCCUGUAACAUCACCAUCUUCGGCUACACUUCCAAAAAUCAACAUUCCUGUGAAACUUCUGAACUCCGAUGGCAGUACUCCUUCAGAUACCUCAGUGUUGGUGGGGCAGGAUGUGGGUGUUGGUAAGGUUGUUCCCAUUGUUCUCUUGUCUGGGAAGAUGGUGGACAUGGCUACUAAGGGUUGUACACCAGCUCAAUGUACACAAGUUCCAAACAUCACCUCAAAGGCAGCGGUCAGCACACACAACACAUCAGUAUCCAGCUUUACCUCACAGUCAAAAGUCCCCAGUCAAAGUACCCACAUUGGCCCUCAAAUAUCAAACUUUGGUACACAUGUACCCAACCCCAACAUACCAGUAUCCAUUUCCAGUAAACAAAAACCCAGGCUCCAGUCUACUGGCCUUGUCUUUACCAAAAGUACUGAGAUGAUGGAACUGUCAUCUGAUACUCCCCAGGAGAACCAAAGUAUUAAUGGACGAGAUGUGCUGAAGGCUGAUGUAGACACCUCAGGAGGAUCAUUGACUGUCCCCAUGACAGAGAGUUUAAAUGACGAUGUGAUAUUGAUUGAUCCAUCAAAUCAUAAAGAUCCAUCUCUCCAAUUAUCUACCCCAGAUUCUGUACAGCAAGGUCACGGGGAUGAUUCUGCCCAGUCACAGAAACAUGACAUGGAUACUGCUUCACCUGACAACAGAACUGUGAUUGAUAGUUGUAGUGUGACAGAUAAGUCCUUAAAAAGGGAGGUAGUCCAGAAGUCUGAUGACGAGGCCUGCUGUGGGCGCCAGUACUGCGGAGUAACCGUUAUUCCUGGUACUCAUGAAAACACACGUAAAUGCUGCAGUUCAGUGCUACCAAAGAAACGAAAGCGCCACAUGGAGACAAAACAUAUGUCCUAUUCCUGGUCUCGAUACAACCGUCGUCGUUUGUACGGCGGUUUGGACAAGGGACGCAGUGCUGGUACUAUCUACAUUGAUGUAGAGGAUGUGAGAGACGAUCCUCCCAGAUCACAGACUAGGACAUAUAGCCAAGGAGAUUUACAGGUAUCUAGAGAAGGUAAAUCAGAUACAUGUAUGACAAGUCGUGGAUCUGUUAUUCUUCAGCCUGGGGCAACAUUUUCAAUUCCUCUGCCCUACAGCACUGUGUCUUCAGGGAGGAGUCCACGGACCAGCAUUAUACCUAUUUCAGGAGCUGAGAGAAGGCCCCCCUCUGAAUUUCCUCUUCCUACAGACAGCCCCUCACAGUCUCUUAGUCAAGACCAGAAAUCGCCUCCAGACAUCCCAGGGGAGAUUGACCAGUCUGGGAAUUUUUCAGAGAUGUCUAACUCUGAUACAGGAUCGGAGAACAAUCUGGACCCCAACUGUUCUUAUUACCAGGGGAGGAAGAGAAGAUACCCAACUUCUCGCCCGUUCAAGUGUGACCAAUGUGAUAAUGCCUUUAAUCAGAGGAUCCAUCUGAAGAAGCACAUGAGUAAACACACAGGCAUCAAGCCGUACAAGUGUCAGCAGUGUGAUUAUUCCACUGUGGAAAGGAGUCAUCUCAAAGUACACAUUCGUAUACACACAGGUGAGAAGCCAUUUAAGUGUACUUAUUGUGAGUAUGCCACUGCCCAGAACAGCACUCUCAAGAUUCAUCUCAAACGUCACCAUGGCAGCCAGCUGUUGGAAUGUCCUACCUGUGCCAAGUCUUUCACCCAUUAUGACAUGUACCAAGUCCACCAGAAGGAGCACCAAGGAGACAGUUUUACAGACAGUAGUCACGGUGUCAUUGGUGAAGACGGGCAAGAUGGAGGUCCAGGGGAUAUAAACGUGCAGACAGGGUUAGAAAUAGGCAGUCCAAAACAUGAAGUGACUGACCUAUCUGACACAGAAGCAAUAAAUAUUGUAUCUAGAGAACAGGUUGAGUUGCAAGAUCAGAACUACGAUCAUUAAAGCUUGUUAAGGAAUUCACGAAUGAUCAGCCAAUGAUAUUUGUGAAUUCCAUAUGUUAACACUGGAAGCUGGCCUAUGUAACCAGAUGAGAUGAUCACUGACAGUGCAUAAGCUCAUAGAUAGUCAUCAAUUUCAUAAUAGAA